AUGCUUCGCGCAAAUGUGUGUCCGUUAUUCAACCAAGUUCCGUAUAAAUUCCCCACAUUAACAUCGCAAUUACACACAAAAAUCAUGGCGGUCAUACUUGCUUGUUCGACGGGACCGCUAAUGCUUUGUUUCUGUCAAUUUUCUAGAUUAUGUGUCGAGCAAUGA